AUGUCUGAUCCACCACCGAUUGUUCCAUCGGUAGAUCCUAAGUUGCCGUAUGCUUGCGUUAACGAUUUGAUUCGACUUGUCCGACAAAUGGCCCCGCAUGCUACUCAGUGGCAAUGGAACGAGUUUGGAAUUCUUGCACGUCGCAUCGAACUCAGUCACGAGUUUUACCUCAAGAAAGCUUACAGUUCAGUUGAGAAGUCCAGCUCGUGCAAGUCAACCGCUGACAAUCUCCUGGUGAAACCUGCUAAAAUAGAUUGUAAUGAGACUGCACUGAAAAACUCGAUCGGGAAAGUAUUUUCGAAUGUUAAAGAGAUUGACAAGAAGAAUAGUGUGAUGCAUCUGGAAAUUGAAAAAGCCAAGAAUACACGAAUGGUUGUUGAAGAAUCAGAUAGUCAGAAAGAUAACGUCAGCAACUUCAUAACAAUGAAUGCGGAUAUAAUCAGUCUUCGCAACGUCGUCAACAAAACUUUGUACAAGUACGAGCUCAUGAGUAAGGGAUUGGAAAGUGCGAUGCGCACAAAUAUCAACCUGAACGGAGAGCUCGAUAUUUUCCAUGCCAAAGCAAUCAAUACUGCGAUGGAAUUUCAAGACAUAGAGGAUAGAGUUCAAUGUUGUAUCGCAGAACUCGAAUUUUGCAAGUACGAGAUCCAAGCGAAAAGAAACAAGGAAAAAUACGAUUAA